AUGGUCUUCAUCUACUAUGCAGGCUUCCAGAGCCCCCCGACACAGGGGGAGGAGGAGAAAGGGGAGCCACUUACACCCCCUAUCCAAGGACCAACUGUCUACCUCACAGAGGCAGCAACUACAGGUUGCUUUUACGGAGACUGCAUGUGCCACAAUCCUUCCCGCGGCCCAUUAGACCACCUAGCUGCCAGUCUGGUGGCGAAGGUGCUCAGAGAGGUGGGGACAGAGAUUGACGACUACCCUAGCCUGUCAGAGAAAAGAGCAGAGACUACUUACGAGUGCUGUGUCCAAUCAGAGCAGAGGAGCGUGGCUAAUCGCUGUGGGAUGGGCGGGUCCAGUGAGAUGGACAGAGGUAUCAAACUGAAGGAGGGGGGCAGCAGGGGCUCAGAACAAGAACAUGACCUUGAUUCUGGUGUCCAUGGUGAAAGUAUCUAUGGCAGCAGACAGGGUAUUGAGGAGUUCAAAGCGUUUCUACGAGGAACCCCUGGAGAGAAGAUGCUGGGUCUCUGGGUGGACAUAGAGCGACUGAAGACCAUGGAGGAUGACGACACAAAACACAGACACCUGAUCCAGAUGAGGCAGUGCUACUUGCUGAGCAGCACCGGGGAGGCCAGGCUCAGUGUGGAGCUGCUGUCCAGGCUGGGGCUGGCUACCUCCCCUUGCUGGAGGGAGGACAAACUGUACCCAAUCCAGCCCUGCAUCACACAGGCCCUGCUGCUGUACUGGGGUCCAAGGUUCCUAUCAGCGCGGUCUGGGUCUGAGGACAGUCAGGAAUGUGACCUCAGCCUGCGGGAGAAGAGACAGCUACGGCCUCCCUCGGGUAUCGACCCCAGUCCCCGCUGUGUCACGCUCCACCCCCUGCGCCCUGUCGCCUGCUUCCCCUCAGCCCUCACCUCUGCUGACCCUCAGUCAGGAGGCCCCAGCAGCAGCCCCAGUCCUGUGCUGGGGGGCCGGAGGAUGGAGAGGAUGCUGACAGCCCUGCAUGUGGACCCCCAGGCCGGACACUUCUUCACUGGCUUCUGUGAGCGUUCUGGAAACCAGCUGUGGCACAAUGCUGCCCUCUGCUGGUGGGACCUGCAGCAGUACCACGCACUCUUCUAUCAGGACGGACUGGAUCCCUACAGAGUAAAGAGACUUGCUCAGGUGCUCUACUCCACCUACGUGUGCAGCGCUGCCCGGAGGGGUGUAGGGGUGGUGGAGGAGAUCCGGAGGAGGGUGUACCAGUGCCUCAGCCCCCCUUUUGAGGAGCUGUUUGAUGGGGUGGAGGAACACAUACUCAGCCUGCUGCUGGAGCCCUGGACACUGCUGCUGAGCAGAGACACGCACUCCUACCAGAGGGUGUGUGUGUGGGAGGAGUCUCGCCAAGUGGACUCUGAGCAGUACAGGGAGCUGCAGACUCUGUAUAAGGAGGCGGAGCUUCGACGCUUCCUGCAGGUGCAGCAUCAGGGCACUUCCACUCUCCCGCCACCAGAGGGCCCAAAGGCUCCAAACUCCUGGGACAAAGUUCCGGAACGUUACCGUCGCUACCGCCUGGGCUCCCUGCUGCGUCACCGCACGGAGCUGCAUCACUUCCUGUCCUUCCUGGAGGAGCACUCCGCCGGCAUACACCUGACGUGCUGGCUGGAUGUGGAUCAGCUGAGAAGGACAUCUCAGAAAGACAAAGUCACACGAGAGGAGAGGUCCAAAGACAUCAAGACCAAGUACCUCAACAGGAAGUACUUGUUUGGACCAGGAAGUCCCGCCUCUGCUGAGCAGCAGGAGGAUCUACUGCGGCUGGCUGGGGGAUGGGGCCGCCUGCAGCAGGCCCGUCUUUCUGGUGCGGUCCUGGUGGAGGUCCAGAACGUCGUCAGGGGUUACCUGGAGAGGGCGUGGCUUCCCCUCUUCCUGGCCACGCCCCAGUUCUCCCAGAGACAGACGCUCGAGCCCCGGGCAGCAGCAGACUCCGUGUCAGACCAGGUGUAUCAGAGACACAGGAAGAAGAGGGAGGUGUGGAAGGCUGACGGCUCCAGGAUGAGCUCGUCCCAGGAGGUGCUGGCUCUGAGGAGAGCUUUGCUCCACCCCUCCACCUGCCUCCAGUUCCAGACCUUCGUCUCCCUGAAGGGCCACUUCCUGGGGAACGACGUGCUCUUCUGGCUGGAGGUGCAGAGGUACAAGGACCUGUGCCACUCCCACUGUGACGAGGCGGUGGUGCAGAACAAGGUGUCCACCAUCAUCAGCUGCUUCCUGAACUCGUCCGUGCCCCCCGCCGUGCAGGUGGACGUCCCCCCCGAGCAGGUCCAGAACAUCCUGGAGAGGAGGGCCGAGCUGGGGCCCUACGUCUUCAGAGAGGCCCAGAUGUCAGUGUUCAGUGAGCUGCUGAAGCUGUGGCCCCAGUUCCAGGCGUUCAGGAGCGGUGUUGAGGAGGAGGAGGAGGUGCUGCCUCUCCUGGAGAAGAGGAGGAGGAAGCAGAGAGAGAGACUCCUGCGCAGGAGGAGAAGAGAGGAGGAGGAGGAGGAGAAGAAGAAAGAGGACAGACAAGACAGACUGACAGGACAGACAGGGAAACAGAGCAGAGAGCUGUCUUACCCCAGCCAGCAGAUGGCGUGGUCUUACUCCUUGUACAUGAUGGCCCUGGAGAGGGAGGAGCUUCUGAUAAGACACGCCCACCUAGAGCAGGGCGGAGCCUCCGUCUCUACUGUCUCAGAUUUGUUGUCGUGCCCCAGUGUGACGUCAGCAGGCAGCAGACCCCGGCAGCACUCCAUCCUGUCUCCCAGAGCAGAGAGCGUCCCCCUCCCCAACAGGGACUAGAGACCUCCACCUCUUCAAUGGAAU